ACAUUCUAUCCAAUCCAAUCCAAUGUUACCCGAAGUGAAUCCAACGAAGUUUGGUCUAGUUUUGAGGUUCUUGGGGGAUGCCUUUCCUGAUAAAUUAGAUUUUUCAAUGAUAGUGAUUGAAUUCGGCGGCCAUGGCUAGCUUGAUUGCAGAAGGUGUAAAAAUCAGAGUGAGCUCGGUGCUGAACAGAGACGCCAAGGGAUUCGGCAAACAGCAUCUCACAGACAAAAACGAGGACACCUGCUGGAAUUCAGAUCAGGGUUCACCCCAAUGGGUGCACAUGGAAUUCCCCUCACCGGUGCUGCCUUCCGAGCUUCAGCUUCAGUUCCAGGGAGGCUUUGCGGGCAAAGAGGUGCACCUCGAAGUCAAAACUCCUGGGCAGCCAGAUGCCACCGCUAGUGCUGGGCACUUUUAUCCAGAGGACAGCAAUGUCCUUCAAAGGUUUCCACUCAAGAUGGAUGUCCCAAUCUCCAACCUUCGUGUCGUGUUUCGAUCCAGCACGGACAUGUUUGGGCGUAUUGUGCUCUACAAACUAGACGUGAUUGGCUAGAGGGUUGUGUUGUGUCCGUCUGGUUGGUUUACGAGACAGGAAACGGCCUUGUUGCCCGUGUGGAUGGGCUUUUCUUGUGCCCCUGGACAGAUUCACUAAUGGCUUAUGAGCCUUCUUUUGUUUUUGCAAAGCUGGAAUAAAACGACGACAGUUGGCA